AUGGGUCUCAAUCGUGUAUGGUCGAAAGAGCAGAAGGUCGGUCCGAACUCGCAUGUGAAUGAGAAAGGAUUCGACUGGCUGAUGGGCGCGGUGUUCGUCGUCGGCGAGACGGCUGGCGGCGCGAUGCUGGCGCUGCCCAACGCGAUGGCCGCCAUGGGACUCGUGCCGGGCGUUGCGCUCAUCGUGCUCUCGGCGAUCAUUUGCACCUACACGGGUGUGCAGCUCGCGUGGACGUGGAAGAUCAUGCAGAAUCGAUGGCGCGAUUAUCGCGAACAUUGCCGGAAGCCGUACGGCGAGAUGGCCUAUCGAACCGUCGGACCGCGGUGUCGCUCGUUCAUCGCGUUCAUGAUAUGCGUCACGCAAAUCGGCUUCGCCUGUGUGCUUCUCCUGCUCGCCGCCAAGAAUCUCUCGAUCAUCCUCCACUAUUUCGUCGGUCUCAACAUCAAUCAAUGCUAUUUGAUAGUGAUUGUCGGCGUGUUGAUUUGGCCGAUGACGAUGCUCAAAAGUCCGAUGCAUUUUUGGCAAGUGGCGAUAUUCUCGGCGGGCUCGAGCUCGCUGGCCGUCGUUCUCAUCGUGCUCGGAAUGAUGCAUGAUGGUCCGGUGUGCGCGCGCGACGCGCCGCACGACGAUUCCGACUUUCUGUCGGCCGCCAUGGCGUUUGGGACCAUCAUGUUCGCCUACGGCGGCCACGCGACACUGCCGACCAUUCAGCACGACAUGAUGAAGCCCGCGCAUUUUGUGCACUCCGUCGUCCUUUCGCUAUCAGUCUGCACCCUUUACUAUCUGGCGGUUGGCAUAACCGGCUAUUUCGUCUACGGCAGCACGGUGGGAGAAGCCGUGAUCCCGUCGAUUCAAAUCCCAUGGAUUCAGCAGAUUGUGAAUUUGAUGGUCGCCGUGCACGUCAUCAGUACCAUCGUCAUCGUCAUGUCGCCGCCGAUUCAACAAGUCGAGCAGCUUCUCCACAUUCCGCACAAAUUCGGCGUCAAGCGGAUUCUGGUGCGCUCGACGCUCUUCUGGCUCGUCGUCUUCCUCGCGCUCUCGGUUCCCCACUUUGGGCCGCUUCUCGAUUUGAUCGGCGCUUCAACAAUGGUUAUGAUGACGAUUCUACUCCCUCCAAUAUUCUACCUAUCGAUGCGAACCCAGGAGAUCAAAUGGGCGGCGAAUGGGACCAUCGAAGGCGGCGGCGACGAUGAGCACGAAAGGGCCACGUUCAAAGAAAUCGUUCAACACACUCCCAAACAUAUUCUCCUCUUCAACGCGUUCAUUCUGGUGUUCGGCAUCGUCGGCGGCACACUGGCGACAAUCACAUCGGUGAUCAAACUGACGCAGGCCGACAUGGCGCCGCCGUGCUACGUGCAAUACUUCAGCCGUGGCGGUCUCGCGUUCACCGACGGCGACAUCGGCGCCGUCAAUUGUUGCGGCUCGCUUCGCAACCUCACCGUCGGCGGACAAUCGCCGCAAGGCUAUUGCGCGUUGAGCGAAUUUUAA